UUAGGAUGUCUAAAAAAAUCCAUGGAGGCUCUGUGGUGGAGAUGCAAGGAGAUGAAAUGACGCGGGUCAUCUGGGAACUGAUUAAAGAAAAGCUGAUUUUUCCUUAUGUAGACCUGGAUUUGCACAGCUAUGACUUGGGCAUUGAGCAUCGUGAUGCUACAGAUGACAGAGUAACUGUGGAAGCUGCUGAAGCCAUAAAGAAAUACAACGUUGGCAUAAAAUGUGCAACCAUCACUCCUGAUGAGAAAAGAGUGGAGGAGUUCAAGUUGAAACAGAUGUGGAAGUCUCCCAAUGGGACAAUUAGAAACAUCCUAGGUGGCACUGUCUUCAGGGAGGCCAUUAUCUGCAAGAACAUUCCCCGACUGGUGUCUGGAUGGGUGAAACCCAUUGUCAUUGGCCGUCAUGCUUAUGGAGAUCAAUACAGAGCAACUGAUUUUGUGGUACCCGGGCCUGGAAAAGUAGAGAUGACCUACACUCCAAAAGAUGGAGGCAAACCAGUCACCUAUCUGGUCCAUAAUUUUGAAAGCUGUGGUGGUGUAGCCAUGGGAAUGUACAAUCUUGACCAGUCUAUCAAGGAUUUUGCCCACAGUUCCUUCCAAAUGGCACUGUCUAAAGGCUGGCCCCUCUACAUGAGCACCAAGAACACUAUCCUGAAGAGAUACGAUGGCCGCUUUAAGGACAUCUUCCAAGAGAUCUAUGACAGGGAAUACAAAUCCCAGUUUGAAGACAAAAAGAUCUGGUAUGAGCAUAGACUCAUUGAUGACAUGGUUGCUCAGGCCCUGAAAUCUGAAGGAGGCUUUGUCUGGGCCUGCAAGAACUACGAUGGGGAUGUGCAGUCUGACUCUGUUGCGCAAGGCUAUGGCUCUCUGGGGAUGAUGACCAGUGUGCUGAUCUGCCCUGAUGGCAAGACUGUUGAAGCAGAAGCUGCUCACGGCACAGUUACUCGUCACUACCGCAUGCACCAGAAAGGCCAAGAAACCUCCACUAACCCCAUUGCCUCCAUCUUCGCAUGGACAAGAGGACUAGCUCACAGGGCUAAGCUGGACAACAACACUAGCCUCAAGAACUUUGCGGUUGCCCUGGAGGAAGUCUGCAUUGAGACCAUCGAAUCUGGCUUCAUGACAAAGGACCUUGCUGCCUGUAUCAAAGGCCUACCUAAUGUCACACGCUCUGACUACCUGAACACCUUUGAGUUCCUGGACAAGCUUUCUGAAAACUUGAAGGGGAAGCUGGCCUCUCUGCCCAAAUUUUAAGGCACGAGUUCUACUCAAGCUCUGCUAACAAAGCGUCUCCUGCUUGCACCAGAGUGUAAGUGGCACUGUAUCACACUCUGCUGUGUAGUAUUUCAAAUAUUAGGCAAAAAAUGAACAUGUACACUUUUUUAAAUGUUUAAAAGAUCAUGUUUUCUUAAACCCCUUGAGCUGCUGGGCAAGGCCUUACUUUUGCUCAACAGCUGAAUGUGAUAGUAUUCCAGCUCAGUGUGGGUCUGGAUGCCUAAUGUC